AAGCAGUCACACUCAUUUCAAUUUUUCCAUUGACGCGUGUGACAAGGGAUUUCCUCUGUUCUCAACGAGGAGAAAACGAUUUUAUACAGCUACAUUAAGGCUUGAAAUUGUAAAAUGGUGAAUAACUCGAACCAAAACGGCGACUCCAACGGCCACGAUGAUGACUCUAUCACUGAGCCGGAGCAUAUGCGCAAAUUGUUCAUCGGUGGUUUGGACUACCGAACCACAGACGAGAACCUGAAGGGUCACUUUGAGAAAUGGGGCAACAUCGUGGACGUCGUGGUCAUGAAGGAUCCGCGCACGAAGCGCUCUCGCGGCUUCGGGUUCAUCACGUACUCCCACUCAAGCAUGAUUGAUGAGGCGCAAAAGUCGCGACCUCACAAAAUUGACGGCCGCGUGGUGGAGCCCAAGCGAGCUGUUCCCCGCCAGGACAUUGACUCCCCAAAUGCCGGUGCCACAGUCAAGAAACUGUUUGUGGGCGCCCUCAAGGACGAUCACGAUGAGCAGAGCAUUAGAGAUUACUUCCAGCAUUUUGGCAACAUCGUCGACAUCAACAUCGUUAUGGACAAGGAGACGGGCAAGAAGCGUGGAUUCGCCUUCGUUGAGUUCGAUGACUACGACCCCGUCGACAAAGUUGUGUUGCAAAAGCAGCAUCAGCUCAAUGGCAAAAUGGUGGACGUGAAGAAGGCUUUGCCGAAGCAAAAUGAUCAGCAAGGAGGCGGUGGCGGAGGACGUGGUGGCCCUGGAGGCCGUGCCGGUGGAAACCGUGGCAAUAUGGGAGGCGGUGGCGGUAACUAUGGUAACCAGAAUGGAGGUGGUAAUUGGAACGGUGGUGGCAACAACUGGGGCAACAACCGCGGAGGCAAUGAUAACUGGGGUAACAACAACUUCGGUGGCGGCGGCGGCUAUGGAGGUGGAAACAACAGCUGGGGCAACAAUAACCCAUGGGACAAUGGCAAUGGGGGCGGCAAUUUCGGCGGUGGUGGCGGAUCCAACUGGAAUGGUGGUGGCAAUGACUUUGGUGGCUAUCAGCAAAACUACGGCGGCGGCCCUCAGCGCGGUGGUGGCAACUUCAACAGCAACCGCAUGCAACCUUACCAAGGAGGUGGAAACUUCAAAGCAGGAGGUGGCAAUCAAGGCAACUAUGGCGGCAACAAUCAGGGCUUCAAUAACGGUGGCAACAACCGCAGAUAUUGAGCGCAAUACCAGACGAGGUGAUAAAGUAAAAGUCGCUCAGUAUAAGCCCAAAAUUCACAGUCAAGUAAACGAUACGCAAUUCAAUGAUCAAUAACGAGUAUGAACGAACGUCGUUCAUAGACCUAAGAAGUUUUCCGAGCACCACAAACCAAACCAAACAUGACAGAAGAGAAGUGAAGAGAGCAGAUUGAUUGAUCAGGAUCAGUGCAGUGCAGUCUUAAGGAGUUUGGUUCAGACUUGGAUUAGAAAAGAAAUAAAUAUCAUUACGAAACCAUACCAGUACAGUACAGUGCAGAGCAGUGUGUGAUCAAAGCAGGAGAGAAUUACAAAUCAUUCAGAGAAAAUCGCACACAGCAAAAGUGGCAGUACACGAACACAGCAGCUGACCAGGAUUCCAUUCGAUUUGUGUUUGCACACGAUGAUUGAUUGAUUAUUUAUUAAGAGGAGCAUCGAAGAACUAUCCAAUAUCCAUAGAAUUGUAAUCUAUAACUUCACAUUGUAGCAAACCAACUUAAGUAACAUUGUAAUUAGAGCAACAAAAGCCCACGCCAGGCCAAACAUUUGUAUCUCCACACAACCAACCUAUUUAAUCCCAGUUAUAAAUGAAUCAGAUAUGUAAACUUCAAAGCGGCAGCCGAGAGAUAUAAUGAUUUGUAUGUAGACAGCUCCAGUCCAUCGGCUGCUGGCAACUUUUGAUAAUCAGAGCAGAAAACACAAAAUAUUAAAAAACAUGUAUUACAUUUUACAAUUUUACUAGACUAAGUUCUCAUAGAAUUAAAUCGAGUAGAGCGAGCGGAAUGAUCUUCGCCAUCCAUCCGCACGCUGACCUAGACUUAAUAAUUUUACUAUUCAAGUUCUAAGCGAACCUGACCUGUGUGGGAGGAACGUAGAUACUUAGAUUUCAUUGUAAGUGAUGACAUGGAAUUAUUUUAUCUCCGCUGUUUAGAUAUAACCGAUCAAAAAACAACACUUAUUGUAAUUUAUACCUUUUAGCAAGCAGUCUGUCAGAGGUGUCAGCGCAAUUAUGUUUAUCAAAUUUACAUUUUAAUGUAGCGAAAAAAUACAACAUUCAAAAAACAA